AUUUACUUGACAAGUCAGAGGUCUAGGACGUUUAAAGAGGUCUAUUAUUGCGAAAAAGCCCUAACCGAGAAGAAAAAAUGAAAAAUACAAGCGGAAAAACGGUUUUGAAAGAGGAACUGCUCUCGAUGUCACUGGAUGAUUACUACCUUAAGCACGUGAAGAAGACGAACCUCGUGCCGCACCGUUCUGGGCCACAUUCGGCACCCUCCUCGCAUCCUACGCCUUCGAAUGAGAACUUUCAUUUCCGGCGGACGCACUUCUUCGGUCCUGCCUACCUAGCGAAGACGCAGUCCCCGACGACCCAGCUCAAUCUGCGGCUGGAUAACCUGCGCCGCGAGCUCAAGGACCUCACGGUCGUGCUGGACUCCAAGGGCCUGGUGGGAUCUGCCCAGAAACGACUGGAUGUGAUCACGAAGCGCCUGGCUAAGGUAACUCCCCUCGCUCCGAGGCCCUCUCCUGGCCAGGACCCGCAGAGUACCAAGGAUGCUCAGGUGCCCCAAGCCACUGAGAUUGCCCAUGAUUGUGAGAAGACCCUGGUGCUCACCAUCGGCGACGAGGUGCUCUACGACGAGGCCUACAAAACGGACACUCUCUGGAUGCCCGUGGACGAGGGCAACCCAAACUAAUCCUUACCCAUUCGUCACUCCAAAGCUCCGGCGCUUAUGACACAAGCCGUAGAAGUAGAAAAACCCCAUUAACAACACUCAAAAAAUAAAAAACGAUGAUUUAAA